GGCCCGCCUGCUCGCGCCACAACCGGCUGUUGCAGCGAGUGUAAAAUUCGCGCUUUUUCCUUAGUUUUAUUGAAUGAAUCACCUCACCAUGCCGACAGAAACUUCAUUGCAGUUGAUCAACAUAUUAGAAAAGACAAUUUCACCAGACAAAAAUGAACUGGAAGCUGCGCAGACCUACCUGGAACAGGCAGCACUUUCAAACUUUCCCGAAUUCUGUAAAGGCUUGUCGGAAAUCCUGGGUCAUGGAGGCAAUUCGGCUGUUGUUCGAAUGGCAGCGGGUCUGCAACUCAAGAAUAGCCUCACUUCGAAAGACCCUAACAUUGCCCUACAAUAUCAGCACAGAUGGCUGGCACUGCCGGAACAAACAAGGAGCUACAUUAAAAAGAAUAUCUUGGGUGCUUUGGGAACAGAGAACAACAGGCCGAGUUCUGCAGCCCAGUGUGUGGCUUAUGUGGCGGUAGCUGAGUUGCCAGUAAAGCAGUGGCCUGAACUGAUAGAAUGCCUAGCUUCAAAUGUUGUCAAUGCAUCCAGCACCGAGAUGACGAAGGAGGCCACACUGGAGGCCAUCGGAUACAUAUGUCAAGAAAUACAAGAUCAAGAAGUUUUGCAGCUGCAGGCCAACCAAAUUUUGACCGCCAUCAUUCAUGGCAUGAGGCAGAAUGAACCAAGUAACCACGUCAGAUUGGCAGCCACAACUGCACUUCUUAAUUCACUGGAAUUUACCAGAGCAAAUUUUGAAACUGAACUCUCUAUUUCGCAGUCUGAAAGAAAUUUCAUAAUGGAGGUCGUGUGCGAAGCAACCCAAAGCACAGACACGUCUGUCAAAGUCGCUGCCCUGCAAUGUUUGGUCAAAAUAAUGUCUCUUUAUUAUCAAUACAUGGAGCCUUAUAUGGGACAAGCUCUAUUUCCUAUUACUUUAGAAGCAAUGAAGUCAGAAAUUGAUGAAGUGGCUCUGCAGGGUAUUGAAUUCUGGUCCAACGUAAGUGAUGAGGAGAUGGAUUUGAGCAUUGAGGCUACGGAAGCAACAGAAGCGGGCCGCGUACCAUCACGAUGCUCUCGCUUCUAUGCUAAAGGCGCACUUCAGUAUUUGGUUCCUGUGCUGCAACAAAAGUUGACAAAACAGGAAGAAAAUGAUGAUGAAGAUGAUUGGAACCCUAGCAAGGCAGCUGGUGUGUGCCUCAUGCUGUUGGCAACUUGCUGUGAGGAUGACAUUGUGCCCCAUGUCCUGCCGUUUGUGAAAGACAAUAUCAAGUCGCCAAACUGGAGGUGCAGAGAUGCUGCGCUUAUGGCAUUCGGUUCAAUUUUGGGUGGUCUUGAACCAACAACGCUGAAACCUCUUGUGGACCAGGCCAUGCCAACACUUAUUGAGUUGAUGUACGAUCAGAGUGUCCAAGUCAGAGACACAUGCGCCUGGACGUUUGGGCGUAUUUGCGAAAUAGUCCCCGAUGCUGCCAUCAACGAGCAGUUCUUAAACGCUUUGCUUGAAGCCCUGGUUAAUGGACUUAAAGCAGAGCCAAGAGUUGCUAACAACGUCUGCUGGGCCUUCACUGGCUUGGCAGAAGCGGCUUAUGAAGCAGCAGAAAGCGCAGCAAAUGCUGGAAAAGAUGAUGACUCUGCUCAACCAGAGACUUACUGUCUUUCUCAGUAUUUUGAGUUCAUUGUGCAAAGACUUCUUGAGACCACUGACAGACCUGAUGGAGCCCAGGCCAAUUUAAGAAGCAGUGCUUAUGAAGCCUUGAUGGAGCUGGUUAAGAAUUCUCCUCGUGACUGCUAUGUAGCCGUCCAAAAGACAACCAUGGUCAUCCUUGAGAGACUGCAGCAUGUCCUGCAAAUGGAGUCGCACAUACAGUCCCACUCUGAUCGCGCCCAGUAUAACGACCUUCAGUCGUUGCUUUGUGGAACCCUGCAGAGCGUCCUUCGAAAGGUCAAUCCUGAGGACGCCCCAAAGAUUUCAGAUACCAUAAUGACAGCAUUGUUGCAAAUGUUCAAUUCAAACUCGUGCAAAGCGGGCGGUGUCCAGGAAGAUGCCCUGAUGGCUGUUUCUACAUUGGUCGAAAUUCUGGGUGAAGGGUUCUUGAAGUACAUGGAGGCCUUUAAACCUUUCUUGCACCUUGGUCUCAAAAACCGUGCUGAGUACCAGGUGUGUGGUGCUGCUGUUGGUCUUACUGGGGACAUAGCUCGUGCCCUGCGUUCCAGACUUUUGCCAUACUGUGACGAGAUAAUGAUGCUUCUCUUGGAGAAUCUGGGUGACAACACUGUCCAUCGCUCAGUGAAGCCUCAGAUCCUCUCCGUCUUUGGAGACAUUGCUCUCUCUAUUGGUUCGGAAUUCACAAAGUAUCUGAAUGUUGUAUUGCAGACCUUGGCCCAAGCAUCCCAAGUUGACGUUGAUCGAACUGAUUAUGAUAUGCUCGACUAUUUAACUGAACUCAGAGAAGGCAUCCUUGAGGCAUAUGCCGGCAUAAUUCAAGGAUUGAAGGAUGAAGAUAGUAGCGAAUCAAACAAAGCGUGCUUGCUGUCGCUCGAACCACAUCUGCCCUCAAUCAUCCACUUUGUGUCGACUGCCUGCCAAGACCCAGACCACACAGAUACAAUCAUCCACAACAGUGCUGGUCUUGUUGGGGACCUUUGCCUAACAUAUGGGGCUAAGGUGCUGCCUCUGGUUGAUGCGGACCCCGUUUCCGAUAUGCUUACUGAGGGUCGUCGCUCUCGUAUUGCAAAAACUAAGAAUAUUGCCAACUGGGCCACACGAGAGGUGCGCAAGCUGCGCAACCACGCCACUAGUUGGUAAGUAACGAGUGGAGGCGUGCAAAGUGUAUGAAAUGAAAAAUGCAACCACAAAGUCUAGUCUGUGAUGCCACGUGCCAUUUCUACUGAUUGACGGAUCGAUCUCUUAUAAAUGACGAGUAAACUGUAAAUUUUAUCAUACAUUUGAGAGUAUCUGUUGCAUAAGUGCCUUUUCUGUUAACCAGUACUUUUUCAAACAAAUUCAUAUCUUCUGUGUUGUUGAUUUCUUCAUAAACAUUGUUUUUUCUUAUAUGUUUUCUGCUCAUGAUUGAGAACGAGACUGUGAUUGUCAAGUUUGUUUGUUGGAGUGAGUCUUUAAGAAAGAUUUCCCCUUUUUAGUGGCCAGUGGAUUUUUAAAGGCUAUUAUACACUUUUCAAAGAUCAAUUUUAAAUUGUCUAUUAAACUGGCCACUAUUCUCAAAUAGAUUCUGUGAUUUAAUAAUAAUUCAAAUAAUGGGCUUAAAGCACAAACUAUUUGUCAAGUGCAGGACUGACACCCUAAACAGCAUUUUUAGAUACUUUUCGUAUCAUCAAGAGAGAAACAUUUUUUAAACAAUAAACUACAUUUUUCAGAUUUUAAGUAAUAAUUUCUUCCAUUUUGUCAGAAUGAAGAAGUAAACUCAAGUCCCUGGUGCUUAAAAGAAAGCAAAAGUGAGAAGGUGCACGAGCGCUGUCUGUGUGUGAUUGCAGAUUAUCUGAUGGCCCUGGAGGAAGCGUGUAGGGGGUGCUAUAAGAGAGUGCCUGCAUACAUAAUUUGAGUGUUCUGAGACCCGAGUUUUUCCCAAAGUGUGAGACAUAAAAUGACUGAUGAGAUUAGAAGAAUCGACUGCGCGCGCGCCAGGUGUGUGAGAGAAUGUUGCAGUGAACGUACGGAUGCAUUUUCUUGUGACCCAUGCUGUGAGACUGAUUUUGACUGCUUGAAUAAAAGGGGUUGCCACCUGUGCCCCCCGGGGCACUCCUUACAACAAUUUAUUCAUUCCCAGCUGGAUUAAUUCACUCUGUAUCAGGGCCUGAAUAGGGCUCCACAGAUUUCAAUAAAACCAGUUAAUUUGGAAA